AGAGCAAAGCUCAAUCGCCAUUUCUGAGUGUGUGGAACAGACACCUGACUGCACCAGGACUGGGUCUAUUGGACUGCAACAGCAACAGAAGAGUUGUAGACACGUCUACUAGAAGAAAUUCAGCUCAGCAAAAGAAAAGCACAAUGAGAGAGUCUAAACCUGCAAGAAAAAUUGUUCUUCUUGGAACAACAGGACAUGGCAAAAGCAGCUGUGGAAAUACUAUUCUCAGUGAACAAAUAUUCAAAACUGAAUCUUCACCUGAGUCUGUUACAGCUGAAUGUAAAUCAGGAGUUGCGAUGGUUGGUGGAAGAACAGUCACAGUUAUUGACACACCUGGAAUCUUUGACACGCGUCUUGAGGAGGAAGUCAUCAAAUCUCAGAUCAUUAAAUCCAUUAUUGAAUGCGCUCCAGCUGUUGAUGCCUUAGUCAUCGUUCUAAAAGUUGGAAGGUACACAAGACAAGAAAGAGAGACUCUGGAUAAAAUUGUUGAGUAUUGUGGAGAGGAAGCCUUUAAACAUGCAGUGGUUUUAUUCACUUAUGGUGAAGAACUAGAUGGUCAAACAAUUGAAGAAUUUGUUCAGAAAAGUACAAAACUACAGGAGCUUGUUGAUAAAUGUGGAGGUCACUGUCACGUUAUUGACAAUAAACACUGGAAUGACUGUCAUUUAGGGUACAGGAGCAACAAGGUUCAGGUGAAAAAUCUGCUGGACACCAUCGACAAGAUGGUGGAAGAGAACGGCUGCUACACCAAUGAUCUGAUGUUAAAUGUAGAGGAAGAAAUUCAAGACACGAUGAAUAGUAUGCUUAUAGUUAAUUUGUCUACAGAAGAGAAACGAGAAGUAGCGAAGAAGAUUGUUCUUAAAAAAUAUCUUAUUAGGUUUGCAGGAGCAGCUACCGGGACACUGAUUGGUGCUUUUCUGGGCAUUGGUGUAGCUGUGGCCUCGGUUGUGGCUUUACUCAAGGCAGCCAAAUUAAAAGAAGUAGUCAAAGCAAUAGGCAUAGCUGUAACUGCUGCAGGCACAGUGGCAGAUAAAACAGCAGUGGCAGCAGCAGCAGGAGGAACAGCAGCAGUAGGAACAGCAGCAGUAUCUGCAGUGGCAGGAGCAGUGGAGGCAGGAGUAGCAGCAGGAGCAGUAGGAGCCACAGCAGCAGCAGGAGUUGCAGCUGUGGAGGCAGGAGUUGCUGCAGGAACCACAGGAGCAGCAGUCGGAGCAACAGCAGCAGCAGCAGGAACAGUAGCAGUGGAGACAGGAGUUGCUGCAGGCGCCGGCAUUGGAGCAGCAGCUGGUUCAGGAAUCGCUGCAGGUGUGGUAUUUGGAGCUGCAGCUCUUGCAGGAGCGAUUGGAGGAGGAAUCGCAGGAUACAAAGCAGCAAAAGAUGCCGAUUCUGUGCUUGAUGCCAUUAAGAUUUCAGCUAAAGUUAAUUAUGAGAAUGCAAAAGAGGUUGUUAAAAAGGCAGAAAGACUGCCUUCUAACGUUUAUAAGAAGCUUCAAUAG